AUGGAAAAGGAAAUUCAAUCGUAUUAUGCUAGCUUGGACUCAACGAUCGCUUCCGAUGAGAUUCGGAAAGGCUUGCUUUGCAUAGCGCCGUGUAAACGUGGCUUCUGUCGAGCGGUAAUUGAAUUGCCGACCAUUAGCGACUGUCUCGUACGAUUUGUCGACUACGGCUUCACGCAAGUUUGCCAAUUUGCGGAUAUGAAGCCCAUCGAUCCCAAGUUCUACCAUUUCCCUGCUUGCUCCGUUCAUUGCAGGGUUUACGGUAGUCACGUGCUGCAUUUCAGGUUCGAUCUGGUAUCGACGUUCCUCAAAGAGAUCGAACAUAUCGACGGAAAGGUCUUCUGCAUGGCUGUUUCCGUGACAGAGGAAUUCGCUUCCGUUGAGUUGUUUGAUCAGUUCAUGGGAGUAAAUUUAGGAGAAAAGUACAAAACCCGUGAUGCUGUAUGUCCAAUUGCAAGACCCCCGACUGUGUCAAGAGAUCGACGACCUGCAGCGGAUCGCGAUGGUUGUACUAAAGCCAAAGGCUUGUUCCUCGGUCUUGGAGUCAAACGGUUGCUGGUCAUUUUUCGUUCGAUUUCUGUUACUGAAAUGCUCAUGACAAACCUUUCAGAAUAUAUGGCUGGCGACUAUAUCGCACCAGAGAGCGAAAGCAGCGAAGAUCCGAGUUCAGAAGAAAAGUAUAGAAAGCGUCCAGUCCGACGGCAGAAGGGGUAUAGAAAAGAACAGAAGCAGGAAACCGCCAAAAAACAGCCCUUGAAGAUUUCGGCAUCAAACACUGUGGUGAAGAAAGAUUCGUAUCUCACUGAAUACCCGUCGAAGACCCUAACCGGAACAGCUGAGGUCUAUCUGACUCACUUUGAUUCAUUUGAAGACAUGUAUUUUCGACACGCAAAAGACAAUCUGCUGUACGCGAACGAGGUAAUGCCACGGCUUCGAGAAUUGGGUAACAGCCGCCCGAGGUUCAUCGAUUACCGAGAUGUGGAUGAGGGAAUCGCAUGCGCCGUCCUGAAUGGUUCCGAGUGGCAGAGGGCGACAGUUUUGGAGAAAACCCCUGAUUACGUGAAGUUUCAGACCAUCGAUAUCGGCGAAUGUGUGUCCAUCUCGGUUUCGGAUGCCAAAGAGAAAAUAAUGUGGCUACCAAAAUACGGCUCACUCGCUUUGCCUCCAAUGACAUAUCAUUGCCAUUAUGCUUUCACCGAACUGCUGAUAACGCCUGAAGUGACCGAUUGCGCUUUGGAAAUACUCACCUCGACGAAAUGGGUGGCGACGUUUCAAGGGAGCGAUACUUCCUUGAACAUAACCCAACUGAAAGAUGAACGUAGCGGCGAAGAAUUUCGCACUGUUCUUAAAACUACCUACUUGAAACGCUUAUGCAAAUCUGAUUAA